AUGCACCUGAUCUGUUUAGGUGUUGUUAAAAAGCUAUUGGUCAACACAUGGUGUUUUGGGCGGCCUCCUCAUAAGUUACAAUCGAGUACAGUUGAAAAAAUAUCAGACACAUUAUUAAGUUUAGUAAGAUAUAUUCCACAUGAAUUUGUAAGAAAACCAAGACAUAUCAAAGAGGCUAAAAGGUUUAAAGCAACAGAAUUUCGUCAAUUUUUAUUAUACACUGGUAUAAUAGUUUUAAAAAAUAAUUUAGAUAAGAAUAAAUAUGAACAUUUUUUAACAUUGCACGUUGCUAUACGUAUUUUAUCAUCUGAUGUGUUGAUGAAAACUAUGACUGACUAUGCUGAAGAGCUAUUAAAGCAUUUUGUUCUGUCUUCAAAAUUAAUCUACAGCCCUAAAAUAUUGUCACAUAAUUUCCAUAAUUUAUUGCACAUCACUGAUGAUGCCAGAAAAUUCGGAAAUUUCAACUUGUUUAGUAAUUUUUCGUCUGAAAAUUAUCUUCAAAAAAUUAAAAAACUGUUAACAACUCAUAAUAAUGUACUGUCACAAAUUGUACAUAGAUUAUCAGAAGAAAAUAAUUUACAUAAAUUACCUAUUUCACAUAAAAUAAAUAUUGGAAGUUUUAGGACGUCCAUGAACUUGGCCCACCGUCAUAUUAAUAUCAAUCUGAAAAUGGUAUUAAAAUUUUGCGAGUAA